UAUCCGCCCCUUUUACCUUAUAUGGUCAUUGUAUGGGACGUUGAUUGACAGCGGGCAGCAGCUGCUGAGAUACCGAGACAUGGCGGUACGUACACAUUGAUUAAGGUACGCCAGAGGAGUUGCGCUACUUUUGAGUCCUCACAACGCAAAUUAGAUGGCCAAGAAGAGACUAUAAACGCGGACGAACAUGCUCUCCUUGGAAGUGCAGGGAAAAAAUGGACGAAGUUGCCUCGAGUGAGUAAUCCGGAGAAAUGAGUAGCUGUUUAGUGCAGUCAAAAGCCUCAGGCAACAAACAUGGCUUCUGUGCCUUUCUACAGUUUGUAAUGAAAAAGCGCUUCAUUGAGCAUCUCAUGGCGACGGUGCUCAGAUCCUACAAGUGAGCCGAUAGAAAGAAGUUCCUGCGUCUUCAUCGGGGUUGUGUCGGGGAAACCGGUGUAAAGCGAUAGCGCAGAGCUAGCUAGUUAGCUAGAGAUCUGUAGGAGCUGCGAUGGAGCCCAAGCACAAAGAGUUACUACACCAGUGCCACCAGAACUUACUGGAGUCCAUCACGGAUGCGGACCGGCUCAUAGAGCUGCUGAGUAAAUCGGGGACCCUCAGCGAACAGGAGACCUUCGAGCUGGACCAGAACUGCUCCUCUAGCGCGGAGAAAGUGGACCAGCUCCUGAAGAUGCUCAUGAACAAGCAGAGCGACCAUUUCCUGGAGCUGUGUGUGGCCCUGGAGAAGACCUACCCUCACCUUUACUCUGCCCUCUUCACCAACAGUGGAGGACCAGCAGAUCAGUCUGGGUCUACCUACAGUAUUCUGUCCACGAUGCCAUCAGACUCUGAGAGCAGCAGUUCCCUCAGCAGUGUCGGUACCAAAGCCUCAUCACCUCCACCUGUACUCAGUGACACCCGGCCGGCCAGCGAGAACCUGGACACCAUCCUGUUCCAGCUGAGACAAGUCACCAGGGAAAGGGAUGAGCUCCGCAAGCGCUUGGCACUCGCCUCACCUGGCACUACCUUCGAUGACUGCAGGCCAAAUUCCAAACCUGGUCAUGACUACGAGCGUCUGAAAACCCAGUGCAUGAAGGUCAUGGCAGACCUGCAGUCCCUGCAGAACCAGCACACCAAGACUCUGAAGAGGUGUGAGGAGGCCGUGAAAGAAGCCGACUACUAUCACAUGCAGCACAGUCGUCUACUGAGUGAUCAGUCUCAGCUGAAGGAAGAGAUGGAGGUUCUGAAAUUAGAUAAUGCCAAGUUGAUUCGGGAACACAACCAUCUGAAGCAGAGCUGUGAGGAGCUCAGGAGGCUUCACUCUGAAGAUCAGAAAGAGGUGGCUGACAUGAAACUACAGCAACAAGAGGUAAUCAGGGAGAAUGGCUCAUCCGAGGUUUUGAACAAGCUCUACGACACAGCGAUGGACAAGCUGGAGGGGGUGAAGAAGGAAUAUGAUGCCUUGAGUAAACGGUACAGUGAGAAGGUGGCCGGCCACAACACAGAUCUGAGUCGCCUGGAGCAGGUUGACGAGGAGAACAGACGCUUGCAGAAACAAAUCGACGCUCUGCUGAAACAACGUGACACAACCAUCCAGUACCAACAGCAGUGGACAACAUCUAUGAGACGGUUUGACUCAGUACAGCAGGAGCUGAAUAAGGCCUCAGCCCAGAACAAAGAGCUGCAGAGGGAGAUGGAGAAACUGCAGUCAGAGGUGACUCGCUACAAGAACUUCCAACUGAAGGCGGUGAAGGAUGCGGAGAAGUACAAGGAGGAGCGAGACUCUGUGUUUAAUGAGUACAGGCUGAUCAUGAGCGAGAGGGAUCAAGUCAUUAAAGAGGUGGACAAGCUGCAGACGGAGCUGGAAGCUGCAGAGGCUCGACUCAAAAACACCUCCUCAGAGAGGGUGGUGGCCAGUGAAGAGCUAGAAGCACUCAGACAGGAGCUAAAUUCCUCACUGGUGGAUCGAGACCGGGCCAUCUGUGAGAGAAAUGAGCUGUUGGAAAAAUACUGCCAUGAAGUGAAGGACAAAGCGGAGGCCCAGAAAGAGCUGAGUCAGGCCUGUAAAGACAUUGAGACCGUGCGGGAGGAGAGAGAUGUGGCCAGGAAAGAGAGAACUGAAGCCAUUAUCCAGAGAGACCAGUUACUGAGGGAAUACUACCAGGCCAGACAGAAACAAGACUCUGCCACAAUGGACAUGGAGCGCGCUAAUAAGGAGAUCGAGGUGUUGAGGAAGCAGUGUGAGGCCAUGUCUCAGGAGCUAAAGGAGGGCAUGCAGGAGGCUGAGGUGGCCAAGUGUCGCAGAGACUGGGCCUUUCAGGAGAGGGACAAGAUUGUUGCUGAGAGAGAGAGCAUACGGACUUUGUGUGAUAACCUACGCAGAGAGAGAGACCGGGCUGUCAGCGAUCUGGCUGAUGCCCUGCGUAACCUUGAUGACAUGAGGAAACAGAGGAAUGAUUCGGCCAGGGAACUUAAAGAGCUCAAGGAGAAGAUGGAGAGCCAGUUGGAGAAGGAGGCACGGUUCUGCCAGCUUAUGGCUCAUAGCUCUCAUGAUUCUGCUAUAGACACGGACUCAUUAGAGUGGGAGACAGAGGUGGUGGAGUUUGAGAAGGACCGGGAUGACAUGGAUUUGAAGGCACUGGGGUUUGACAUAGCAGAGGGGGUAAAUGAUCCAUAUUUACCAGGGGAUUGUGGGAUAUUUGUGACCAGGGUGGACAAAGGAAGUAUCGCAGAUGGAAGAUUGAGGGUGAAUGAUUGGCUGCUGAAGAUAAAUGACGUGGACCUGACUAACAAAGACAGGAAGCAGGUCAUCAAAGCCAUACUUAACGGAGGAGGGCUGAUCAAUAUGGUGGUUCGCAGGAGGAAAUCUUUAGGAGGAAGACUGGUUACUCCUGUCCACAUUAACCUCAUCGGACACAAAGACACUGGCAUCACUCUUGAAGGCGGUGUGUUUGUGGCUGCUAUCGCACCAGGGAGCCCUGCUGCCAGAGAGGGAUCCCUUACCAUCGGAGACCGCCUCAUUGCCAUAAAUGGGAUCGCUCUGGAUAACAAAUCUCUGAGUGAAUGUGAGGCUCUGCUGAGGGGCAGCCAGGACUCGCUCAGUCUCUCUGUCAUGAAGUUCUUUCCUCAGAGCACAUCGGGGCAGAACAUCUUUGAGAGCUUGCGGGAGGCCGAAAAAUCCAACGGCAGAAUCCACCUGCCAGAGGUCCAUUCUCGUAACAGCAGGAAUCUCAAACACAACAGCUCUACGCAGACAGACAUUUAUAGUGGGGAUACUGGCGGAGGAGGUGGCGAGAGAAGAAAGACCAGGACGGACACCGAGGAGUGCAGUUACUCUGAGAGGAAGAUCUUCCCUGUGUCCACCUUGCACCCUAAUACCCUCCGACCUGCAUCAGAGCUGGGGGCCCGCUACAGCGGAAGUGCCUUCCAAGAGAUCUGCUACACCCGUUCUGAGUCGGUUGGCCCCGAAUGUGUUACCCUAGAGACCACCCUGGAGAAGAAACAUAGUGGUGGGACUUGGCCCAAAAUGGUGGUGGGUGUCACCAUGACGACUGACAGCCCGGCUCAACUCUCCAUCUACAGGUCUCCCAAGCAGAGGAAGUCCAUCUUUGAUGCCGAUGCCUUCAAACGGUCAGAUACGCCCUCAAAGGCGGACUACCUUGCCGGAUCGCAGCCUUCCAAAAUGGACUCUGCCCCUACGCCCCCAACCCCGCCCACCCGCAGCGACUCCUUCAAGUUCAAGCACAAACAUCAGGGAAGCUCUGCAUCUGAGUCCACAAUCACUGCAAUUUCUGUUCCUGAACCCAAGCAGGAAGAUCGCAAUGGUAAUCUGUACUUCACCGAGGAAGGCUUCGAGGGUAAAGUCCUGAGCUCCAGGAAGUCCUGCGAGGAGGAUAUUGGCCGUAUGCGGCCGGAGGAAACCGAGGUGAAGCGGCCAAGGCCCAAAUCGGCCCCAGCACUCCGGCGAAGAAUGACUCCUCAGACCAUCCCACUCCAGAGCUUCCAGAGUUAUUCAAAUGAUGGGGACUGUGUGGAGCCGAGGGAGAUGCUGCGAUCCUCUCCUAACCGACCUCACAGACACAGCAUGGGUUUCAUGCCUACAGUGUACAAUGGAACCCUGCCUCCCAACUCAGCACAUCGAGGACUGUCCCCCUGCUCUGCUGUAACAGCCGUUAUGAAGAACCCUGUUUACAUGGUGCGGAGUCACAGAGUUCACACUAGCAACUGCCCUACCGUAGUCAGCCAGACCAGUCAACAGCACACACAACCCAGUCCUCAGCAUCAAGGAUGUCUCAGUCUGGACUUGAGCCAGAAACGCUCCACAGAAUACUCAGAGCCUUCCCGCAGCAGCCGGGCCUCAAACGGCACCAACUCACUGCCAUCCAGCGCUAGACUUGGUUCAUCUAAUAACUUGCAGUAUCGCACUGAAAGGAUAAAGAUCCCCUCAACUCCACGUUAUCCGCGCUCAGUACUGGGCUCAGACAGAGGGUCUCUGUCUCAUUCAGAAUGCAGCAGUCCCAGUCUCAUCACUCCACCCCUAUCUCCUCUCAAUCUGGAGACAUCCUCAUUUACCUCCAGCCAGUCUCAAAGCUCCAUCUCCACCCUACCCAGGAUCUCUGUCAGCCCUGUGCCCGUGGGAGAGCGAAGAAAAGACAGGCCAUACUUGGAGGAGCCACGGAAUGUUAUUGUGCACAAAGGGGCGGAGCCUCUCGGCAUCUCCAUCGUGAGUGGAGAGAACGGAGGGAUCUUUGUCUCCAAGGUAACAGGGGGCAGCAUUGCACACCAGGCUGGACUAGAGUAUGGAGACCAGCUACUGGAGUAUAAUGGGAUAAACCUGCGGAAUGCCACAGAGCAGCAGGCACGCCUCAUCAUUGGCCAGCAGUGUGAAACCAUCACCAUCAUGGCCCAGUACAACCCACACAUGUGCCAGCUUGGUAACCAGUCUUGCUCCAGUACCCGCUUGGAGCCAGUGAGCACUCAGUCCACUCCCCUGGGCAGUGGAGCCGCAACUCCAGAUAACCACUCCACCACCGACACUCUGAGUGAACAGGAUGAAGGCACACUCACCCCAUCCUCCAAACAGACCACACCCACCACCAGCCCCCAUAGCUUCAUCAGAAUGUCAUCUGAGAAUUCGAAGAAAGUUCCAGAGCCUCGUUUGGUGACUCUGAGGAAGUCUCAGGUGGAGCUGGGUGUUCAGCUGUGUGGAGGAAAUCUGCACGGGAUCUUUGUGGAGAGACUUGAAGAAGACAGUCUUGCUAAAAGAGCUGAUGGCCUCAUGCCUGGAGACAAAAUAUUAGAGUAUGGCUCAGUUAAUAUGAAGAAUAAGACUGUGGAGGAGGCAUACCUGGAAAUGCUUAAGCCAGUGGAAAAGGUCACGUUCAGAGUCCAGCAUCGUCUGGAUGAGUUCAACCAGGUGAAAGAUGCUCCUGGAGAUGGAUUCUAUAUCAGAGCACUUUAUGACCGAGUGGCUGAGACAGAGCUCGACCUCUCUUUCAAGAAAGAUGACAUCCUGUAUGUGGAUGACACUCUACCAAAUGGCAACUUUGGCACCUGGAUGGCCUGGCAACUAGAUGAAAAUGCACAAAAAAUUCAAAGAGGGCAGAUCCCAAGCAAAUAUAUGGUGGACCAGGAGUUUUACCGCAGACACAGUGUGACUGAGCUGAAGGAUGAGGCGGGCUCCAGUAAGACCCUCUCUGCAGCAGCACGUAGAUCCUUCUUCCGCAGGAAACCGAAGCACAAACGCAGUAGCUCCAAAGAUGGUAAAGAUGUGGUAGCCUUGGACGCCAUCAGCACAGAUUCUCUUCCAUUCUUAGAUGACUGUGUGAGUCUAGCCUAUCAGAGAGUGCAGAAGGUUGACUGCACAUCUCCCAGACCGGUGCUGAUCUUGGGCCCUCUGGUGGAUCCAGUUAAAGACAUGCUGAUCAAAGAGUCUCCAGGGAAAUUCAGCAGAUGUGUGCUCGAAGUGAUGAAGGCUUCACAGCAGGCCAUAGAGCGUGGAGUGAAAGACUUACUCUUCAUCGACUACAAACGGAGGAGUGGCCAUUUUGAUGUGACAACUGUUGCCUCUAUAAAAGAGAUCAGAGAAAAGGAUUGUCACUGUUUGCUUGACAUUGCACCUCAUGCUAUCGAACGGCUUCACAGCGUUCACAUUUACCCAAUCGUCAUUUUCAUUCGCUACAAAAACGCAAAGCAGAUAAAAGAGCAGAAGGAUCCAGUUUAUCUGCGGGAUAAAGUCUCACAAAAACAUUCCAAGGAACAGUAUGAGAUUGCACAGAAGAUAGAGCAGGAGUAUAGCAAAUUUUUCACAGGUAUUGUUCAAGGAGGCACCUUGCCCUACAUUUGCAUUCAGAUCGUGACUAUUGUGGAUCAGGAACAGAGUAAAGUCCUGUGGACACCGCUGGGCUCUCCGUAGGGGUCUGAGAAGAUCACUGCAAACUGCCUCUCAUCUGAGCUUACAACACUAGACUUUAUACACACCACAUGCAAUGGUACACUAGCGUUACGAGCGUCACAUUAAGAUGGUGAUUAUUCUUUUUCUUUUUUUGUCAACAUUAAUUUUUAUUAUGUUAUAAAUUGUAACAGUCUCUUAUUUGUAUAUGAGCACCUGUCUGAGUGUCAAUAGGUGUGUGUUUAUGUAUGCAGAUGCAGGACAAUAGCACUGAAGUAUUUGUUCAUUUCCAUUGGUCUUCCUGAUGGACAGAUUAAUGUUUUAGCAAUGCUGCAAUUGAAACAGUUGUUUACAGACCAUUCAGUCGGUGAAUUGUUUAAAGCCUGCUUGAAUGUGUACACUUUGCUUUCUUAAAGAAUUAGUUCACCCAAAAUUGAAAAGUCUGUCAUUAUUUAGUCACCCUCAUAUUGUUCCAAGGAGUUUCUUUCUUCAGUGGAACAUAAAAGAGCAUAUUUUCCAGAAUAUCUACACUACUCUUAUUGAUUUUUUUUAUACAACGAUAAUGAAUGAGGACCAGGGCUGUCAAGGUAAAGAGAGACAAAAAAGGCACCAGAAAUCUCCAGAAAUGAGGUCCAGAUCUCUUAUUUGGGGAGGAUGCUUAGGUGCUGUUCAGGCAUAAUGCGUUCUUACACUUUAAAGCUAGAAGGAGCAGGACACAUAUGACAACACCGGUAUCUCAAGAUGCUUCUUUUUUGCACUCCAUCCACAAGAAGCUGAAAAUAAAGCUGCAAUAUAUGGUGCAGCUGUCAAGAUAUUUGUUUAAUGCAUGUUUACAUAAAAAACCCAUUGAAAACCUGUGUGAAUGACCCCUUAGAUAUUCUGCAAAAUCUUUUUUAUGUUCUACAGAAUAAAGCCAGUCAUUGUGGUUUUGGAAUGACAUGAGGGUGAGUAAAUGAUGACACAAUUUAAAAAUUUUGGUGAACUUUACCUUUAAUGAAGUCCAGAACCUCAGAAAGCAGCCCUGUCCCUGAAAUCAGUUUUUACCAAAACGGUAUGAGUGUUAACCUCCCACGUUGGACAUAUCAGCUCAAGAACAGAACACUUGUAUUGUGGUUUCAGUGUAUUUUGUGGCAAAUUGUUGCGUGGAUGGAUGUCAGUGAGUUUUGGUUUGAAUCAUAGUGCUUUUCAUUUGUGCUGAGACAGACAGCAGCUAAGCGGUUUCUGCAGGUCAAAUGGAAGUGCCUUUGGAGAUCUACUGAGCGUAUGACAAUGGCAUGAGGUGAAAGCCUGGUAUUUAAACAGUAAAACUUUUCAGAUUGCACUCCAGGGCUAGACAGACCACUGUGUUCUAUGAGAUCUCUUGGCGUUCUCAAAGCAGAGCUUAUAUUUCAUGAAAAUAUCACAUGUAACACUUGUACUCGUGCAUACGAACUGAAGUACAGGCACACAUGUGUAUGGAUGCAAUAUCAUCUAAAUAUAGAGAAAUAUAUUUACUGUAUUUUUACUAGGCUAUAGAUUUAGGGGAGUGUGACAGAGCAGUCAUGUCUUAGCAAAUAUUAGCGUGUGUGAGAGAGGGCGAGCGAGAGAGAAUGCAUGUUUAUGUUUGCGUAUGUUUGUCAGUCACUUUUAUAUGUAAUUCCCACUAAAAAACAAACAUAGAAAAGUUGCAGGGUAAACCUGAAAUGGUUUUCUUUCAGUUAAUCUGUUUAAAUGUGAGUUUUCAUUGCUAUUUAAUUUUCUUUUUUUAUUAUUAAAGUUAUGUCUCAUGCUGACCGGAAGUCCCACCAUUAAUGUUGUGCCAAAAAAAAAACAGUCAUGUCAUUUUCUUUAAUUUUCUGUUUGCACUUCCUAAACAAAUGACUGUUUGUAGGUUUCCAUUAGUGAAUAGAAAUGGGUACUAUAACUUUUACUGUUAUUUUUACAUUUGUGGAUCACUCCUCAUCCAUACAUUUCAUGAAUUGCCUUUGAAGAAACACUACAUAUGUUGUCAUUUAAAAAGGGAUUACUUUUUGCACAGUCCCCCAACCACAUUAACCAUUGGGUUGAAAUUAGGCAUUUUCUUAAAGUGAAUCUAACGUCUAACAAUUUUUCUGAAUAGCCAGUGUACGGUUUUAAACAAGGAUUCAUCACAGUCAAUAUUUAGAAAGAACGAUUAGAAGACAGGUACUGUUACGAUUUUGGAUUUUCUUUUAUUUUAAAAGAAUGUGAUUUGUAUGACGAUGUUCGACAUUAAUGCAACAA